ACCUCUGUAUGUGUCCAUAAAUUAUAUAGGUAAAUAUAUAUAAAGCAAGAUAUGUUCUCUCCUCUCCUUCAAACCCACUUCUUCCACAGUUGAAUGUUUCAUCUGAAACACUUCUGAUUAGUCUAGAAUUUAUUUCAGUCAGGCUGAAAUGGUUUGUUUUUUAAUGUGAAGUAGUUCAAACUUUGGCUAAUGAAACUUUGUAUUUGACUUCAGCGCGAAAACGUGGCUGUCCUCUAGAACUUGUCACUACCAGUAACUACUAUUUGUUCUUCAGUUUCCAAGAGCUGAGUUCUGUAAGUAACCGCUCUUAGACAGCCAAAGGAUUGGGAAAAUGGUACUUUUGGGACAAUUGUAAUAACAAAUGCUUAUCAGUACCUCUGUAUCAAAAGUUUUCAAAUAUGAAGCAAUUUUUGUGUUUCAAUGCACACACUUCCUUGCAGAUUUACAGUACCUGUUCAUGAUUAGUAAUUUAGUAAAAUUUAGCAACUGUUGUGUAUGAUGUUAAAUCAAACUUACAUACAGCCUACAAACUGAUAUGAGUUCUACUGACUGGGUGACUCAUGAACUAAGUUAAGUUGCCUUGAAUUUUGUAGGGUAAAACAGCAUGCUAAACUCUUUCUGUGUCUGUCAAUCAAGAUUGUAGUUGUGCAUUGGUAAUUGAAAUAAACCAUUUAAGAAGUGGUCUUAGCCUCUGCUUCAUCAGCUUCUGGAUGAAAGGGGAGUGUGUGUCUUCCAGUCAAUGCCUUGCAGCUGGUAAGGCAAAGAUUUAAGGCCAGAUAAGGUUUACAAGCAGUGGCUCAUCAUUGUUCUAAUACCACUCUAUCAUUUUGAACUGGAAUUAGCUUGGAUCCAUUCAGCUGAAAGAACAGAUGGAGCAGGUAUUUGUUUGCUUUUCUUUCUGUGUGGACACAUUCCAGUCAAACUAGAAGAGUAAUGGUGAUCGCUGCCAAAAGGAGCAAAUGAUUGCUGUCUGUACACUUAGCCAACUGAAGAAGCAGCCAUCCAUAGCAACUUAGUGCUCUUGUCUGCAUUUUUAUUUUUUAAAGUCGUUGAUAGAGCUCUGUGCUCUCAGGAGUGCUGUUGUUGCUUCCUUUAAUUUAGCGUAGCUUCGCCACAGUAAGUUAACCUUGGAUGUGUGUGAUCCCAGUAGAGAUUGGGAUGCUGGAAACCUUGCUUUUUGCUGUGAAGUAAAGUAGUUACUUAUCCCUCUCUCAUAUAGUCUGUUAUAGUGGGAAUAACUAGAUGCAUCUUGGAUAAAUUCUAUAUGUGUUUAUGAUUCAGGCUAAAACUGCUGGCUGAAGAUUUGUGAUUGGAAAUUUGGAGACUGAGCAGCGAUAAAUUAAAAAGUAUGUAGGUCUGGUGCUUUGGCAAUGCCAUCAAGGGCUGGCUUCUCUGCUCAGGUAAAAUGUAAAAACAACUGUAAACAUAAAAGAUGGCUAUUUAGGAAAGGUAUAUAGUAGUCAAAAGUAUUAAAAAGUGUAUUGCUGUCGUGCUUUUAUUUCAGGCAAAAGAGAAUAUGAUCCUAGAAUUCCCUGUGUACUGCAACUCCAUUUUUUUCAGCCUGCCUUACUCAUAGAAAGUGUCAAGUUGCUGCAGCGUGAAUGAACAUCAAAGACAAUUCUUAUCUGAUGAUGCAUUAGUUCUGAAAUAAGAUGCUUGAGAGGAAAACUGCUAUGCUGAAGUAGACUUUACAGAAUGUUUGACAUAAUGAACUAAAAUCAUAAGUGGAAGACUUCUGAAUUUACAGGCCUAAAAUAAUUUCACAAGCAUAUGUUUGUCAAAAUUUUAUGAAACUUUAUUUUGAUUGAUUCAUUGGGGUCUUUUUACCGCAGAUACUAAAGAAUUUUUGACCAAUUUUCCCUGUGUGUGCAAAGUCUUCCAAAGUAUCAAGUUUGGAAAUGGAUUUGAGAAUAUUGCUUCUGUUAAUGCUUAGCGCCAUCACUAUGGUGGUAUUGGUAGUCUUCAGAAGAAGAGUUUAAGUAUUGCUGUAUCAGUUAACCUAUUUAUAUACUGCACAUGAUACUCAAAAGCAGUAUCUUUAAAUCUAAUUUUUAACUAGAUGUGAAAUACUACUUCUACAAACUCAUGUGGUGUCAGUAUUUAAAUGCAACUUGUGUGUAUGUGCUAUUCUAGCCGAAUUAUGUUGGUGAGAAAUAACAGCUAUGGGUAUAUCUUCUCCAGGGGCUUUGGUUUGUGUGUGGCAGGGGAAACUAUCCCCUGCUACCACCAAAAUCAUAUGCUAGGAGGAUUUUUUGCCACAAGCUCUUCCAAAGUGCCUUCCCUAAGCUGAUAAAAGCAGUUUUGUCAUUGUCUUUGCAUUGAUGGUCUAGUGUGGAUCUCUCCUAGCAAAACCAUGCCUGAAGCUUAGACACACAGUGUAUUCUGCUGUUUAGGUCUAAUAUCAGAUUCUUUUCAUAUGUUUUUUGACUGUACUGCUCUGCUGGCUGGAUUAGCAGCUUCAGUUAUUUCAAAGUGGAGGUCAAAUGAUGCUUUCUCAUAUGGGUAUGUUCGAGCAGAAGUACUUGCUGGUUUUGUAAAUGGUUUAUUCCUCAUCUUUACAGCAUUCUUCAUUUUUUCUGAAGGUGUUGAGAGAGCACUUGAACCUCCUGAUGUGCAUCAUGAGAGACUUCUUCCUGUUUCUAUACUAGGAUUCAUUGUAAAUCUUAUAGGAAUAUUUGUUUUUCAACAUGGAGGUCACGGGCAUUCACAUGGCUCCGGGCAUGAACACAGCCAUUCUCUAUUUAAUGGUGGUCUCAGCCAUGGACACAGUCAUGGAGGUCAUGGUCACAGCCAUGAACAUAAACAAGUCCAUGGACACACUCAUGAUCAUGGCCAUAGCCAUGGACACUCUCACGGUCAGGAUUAUUGUCGUGGUGACCAUUCUCUUGAAGGGAUGGCUGGAUCCAGUAAACAGAUUUUACAAGGUGUAUUUCUACACAUAGUUGCAGACACACUCGGAAGUAUUGGUGUAAUCAUAUCUGCUAUAUUGAUGCAGAACUAUGGUCUAAUGAUAGCAGAUCCUAUUUGUUCAAUGCUGAUAGCACUACUUAUAGGUGUAAGUAUUGUUCCACUUUUAAAAGAAUCCAUUGGAAUUUUGAUGCAGCGAACUCCUCCUUCCCUGGAAAAUGCCCUGCCUCAGUGCUACCAGAGGGUGCAGCAGUUGCAAGGAGUUUACAGUUUACAUGAUCCGCACUUCUGGACCCUCUGUACUGAUGUUUACAUAGGAACUUUGAAACUAUUAGUAGCUCCUGAUGCUGAUGGAAGGUGGAUUCUAAGCCAGACUCACAAUAUUUUUACUCAGGCAGGAGUAAGACAGCUUUACAUACAGAUUGAUGUCGCAGCCAUGUAGUGAAUUUCUGAAAUUGUGCUGUUGGACCAAAGUUUUCUGUACUGUAAUGGUAUAACAACAUACUUCUCAAGACAGAGCCUGCCUCCGCCACUGUUCUGGAAUUGACUGAGUAGAUUUCUGCCCUUGAGCUACAGAUGGAGUUCACUUCUAAGGAGUAAAUAUUGAAUGAAUGUUACGGACUUCGGGUCUUGUCUUUUGUGGCCCCUACGCUUGCAAGUUUGUGAGGGUUUUUUACUUAAUAAGAUUGUGGUACUGGAAACCCUGUCACGUCUUCAGUAAAGCUGCUGAAACCACUGCUCAUUCCCAUAAAACCAGUGUUAUCAACAAUUGGAAACUUGUUUUGUAGAUAAUGUCACAAUGGCUGACAUGCUUCAAUAGAAUUCUAUGUUUGUACAAUUGUUUGUACUUUGCAAACUUAAUGAACCAAACCAUAUUGGGUUUUCAAAGUGCCUUUUAUAUCAGGAGAGGUUUUUGCCAGCAUACAUACGGAGCAUCAAAGGGGGUUAUUACUUUUACAAAUAUCUUGUAUGCAGUCUGAUUAUUUACUAGUGAUGUAUGUGGGGGGCUUGUAUACUUGCUUAACUGUAGAUGUUGGACUUCCCUUGUACUUGCAUCUUACCAAACGGACAGGAAAAUUCUAAAGUUAAAAGGCAAAGCUGUUGGGAAGAGACUUGAUUCCAAAACAGGCUGGAUAUUUUGUUGCACGUAUCUUGUGGAAAUGAUUUUAGUCAAAAUAUUAGAUUUAACUCCAAUUCUUAGUGUCUUCACACUGUUGAGAGUAAUGAGACAUUACAUGAUGCUACCCAUGUUCAUAGUCACUGAGCCAACGGGCAGCUGAGAGAAGAUGCUGGUGAUGGAAGCAAUGGUUGAAGCUUUUUAUCUUCCAAAUUAUGUGGUGGGACAAAUUAAAUCCCUAAAUUGUUUGUGAAAGCUUAAAUCUUCUUGAUCUUAAUACGUUGUAAUAAUUUUUAUUAAAGUGAUUGGUGAGAUAA